AUCCUGCUUACCUCCCUCCCCCGCCUUCCCUCCUCGCUCUGCUCUGCUCUGCUCAUCGAUCCAUUGAUCGACCUUCGCAGCAGCUCGCAAUGGCGCCAUUUGCGACGUCGAGGACCCUGCUGCUCUCUGCCCUCCUCUGCGUCCUCCUCUGCUCAGAGGUCUGCGUGCUGCAAUGCGGCGCGGCGAUCGGCAUCAACUACGGGCAGGUGGGCAACAACCUGCCGACGCCGGCGCAGGCGGUGUCGCUACUGUCGUCGCUGCGCGUGGGCAAGGUGCGCAUCUACGACGUGAACCCGCAGGUGAUGGCGGCGUUCGGCGGAACGGGCAUCGAGCUCAUCGUCACGGUGCCCAACGACCUGGUGCAGCCCAUGGCGGCCAGCGCGGGGCAGGCGGCGCAGUGGGUCGCCGCCAACAUCCGGCCCUACUUCCCGGCGACGCGCGUCACGGGCGUCGCCGUGGGCAACGAGGUGUUCACCGACGACGACGAGGCGCUCAAGGCCAGCCUCGUCCCGGCCAUGCGCAACCUGCACGCCGCGCUGGCGCAGCUGGGCAUGGACGGCUACGUGCACGUCUCCACCGCCAGCUCCCUCGGCGUGCUCGCAAACUCCUACCCGCCGUCGCAGGGCGCCUUCACGCCGGAGUGCGCCGCGCUCAUGCUCCCCUUCCUCCGCUUCCUCGCCGAGACCAACGCCCCGUUCUGGAUCAACGCUUACCCCUACUUCGCCUACAAGGGCGACCCCGCAAACGUGUCCCUGUCCUACGCGCUGUCGGACCCGUACCACGUCGGCGCGGUGGACCCCUACACGCACCUGCAGUACACCAGCAUGCUGUACGCGCAGGUGGACGCCGUGAGCUUCGCGGCGGCGCGCCUCGGCUACGGCGGCAUCCCGGUGUACGUCUCGGAGACGGGGUGGCCGUCCAAGGGCGACGCCGACGAGGUGGGCGCCACCGUCGAGAACGCCCGCGCCUACAACCGCAACCUGCUGGUGCGGCAGGUCGGCAACGAGGGCACGCCGCUCCGGCCCCGCCAGCGGAUCGAGGUCUACCUCUUCGCGCUCUUCAACGAGAACAUGAAGCCCGGGCCGACAUCCGAGAGGAACUACGGACUCUACCAGCCCGACGGCAGGAUGGUAUACAACGUCGGCCUCAUGCAGCAGCAGACCACGUCGGCGACGGCUCUCUCCCUCGCCGCCUCCUCCGCACCGCCUUCCACCAGGGAUGUCAGGAAAGACUUCACCAGCAUGUUCCUCUUCACAGCUCUGGCCAUCCUUGUUACCUCGCAGGCUUUCUUACUAGGGUGACAAAAUCACCCAACGGUGUGGCCAUAUGCAUGCAAGCUCAACAAUGCAAAGCAAAUGGCCUUGACUUUUGUGGACACAAAGCCCCCAAGACCAAAGGGGGCAGAUGAUGCACCGUCUGAAGGAGGCAAAAGGAAAGCAUGGUGUAGGCCAGAGGAAAAGCUUCCCUUUGCGAUGUGGAAGGCACUACCUAGUACCUUGUGGACGGCACAGCGUGUAAAUAUUGCUGAGGAAAAGGCCCAUUUUGUGACUCACAUGGGAUUCCGGAAGAUGUGCGGGGAAGAUGGAGAGAAAGGGUGGCCGAUCAUGUUGCAGCCUGCGGGAUUAGCUUUUCGGCGCUGAGAGCUUUAUGCACUUUGCCAUGUCAAACUGCUGUGCUGUUAGGCUGAUGUACAUAUAAUUUCAUCUAUUCUUUUAUUUGUUGUAAGCUCACGCUCUCUGCAGUUUAAUGAUCAGUUGGUGUAGGGCGUGUGGGCAUUGAUGUAAAUAACUGGAAAAUUAUCAGUAUAAAUAUGAUUCUUAUUGCGAUCCUCUUCA